UCUCCGGCUCAGCCCCACGGCAGCUGUGGUUUCCUCCUGACUGUCCCUUCUCUCUGCUGCCCGGGAGGUCUGAGGGAGCUGAGCUGACUCUGCUGGUGGCCUCACACACCACUGUGGCCAGGCAGUAGCUGGGACGUACAGCCCACCGCCAUGGGGAGCAGCAAGAGCAAACCCAAGGACCCUAGCCAGCGCCGGCGCAGCCUGGAGCCGCCCGACAGCACCCACCACGGGGGGUUCCCAGCCUCGCAGACCCCCAACAAGACAGCAGCCCCCGACACGCACCGCACCCCCAGCCGCUCCUUCGGGACCGUGGCCACCGAGCCCAAACUCUUUGGGGGCUUCAACACUUCUGACACCGUCACGUCACCGCAGCGUGCUGGGGGGCUGGCUGGCGGUGUCACCACCUUCGUGGCUCUCUACGACUACGAGUCCCGGACUGAGACAGACUUGUCCUUCAAGAAAGGAGAACGCCUGCAGAUUGUCAACAACACGGAAGGUGACUGGUGGCUGGCUCAUUCCCUCACUACAGGACAGACGGGCUACAUCCCCAGUAACUAUGUCGCGCCCUCAGACUCCAUCCAGGCUGAAGAGUGGUACUUUGGGAAGAUCACUCGUCGGGAGUCCGAGCGGCUGCUGCUCAACCCUGAAAACCCCCGGGGAACCUUCCUGGUCCGGGAGAGCGAGACGACAAAAGGUGCCUACUGCCUCUCUGUUUCCGACUUCGACAACGCCAAGGGGCUCAAUGUGAAGCACUACAAGAUCCGCAAGCUGGACAGCGGUGGCUUCUACAUCACCUCACGCACACAGUUCGGCAGCCUGCAGCAGCUGGUGGCCUACUACUCCAAACAUGCUGAUGGCUUGUGCCACCGCCUGACCAACGUCUGCCCCACAUCCAAGCCCCAGACCCAAGGACUCGCCAAAGAUGCAUGGGAAAUCCCCCGGGAGUCGCUGCGGCUGGAGGUGAAGCUGGGGCAGGGCUGCUUUGGAGAGGUCUGGAUGGGGACCUGGAAUGGCACCACCAGAGUGGCCAUAAAGACCCUGAAGCCUGGCACCAUGUCCCCAGAGGCCUUCCUACAGGAAGCCCAGGUGAUGAAGAAGCUCCGGCACGAGAAGCUGGUUCAGCUGUAUGCGGUGGUGUCAGAGGAGCCCAUCUACAUCGUCACUGAGUACAUGAGCAAGGGGAGCCUCCUGGACUUCCUGAAGGGAGAGAUGGGCAAAUACCUGCGGCUGCCACAGCUCGUCGAUAUGGCUGCUCAGAUUGCAUCUGGCAUGGCCUAUGUGGAGAGGAUGAACUACGUGCACCGAGACCUGCGGGCAGCCAACAUCCUGGUUGGGGAGAACCUGGUGUGCAAGGUGGCUGACUUCGGGCUGGCACGCCUCAUCGAGGACAACGAGUACACGGCACGGCAAGGCGCCAAGUUCCCCAUCAAGUGGACGGCCCCCGAGGCGGCCCUGUACGGCCGGUUCACCAUCAAGUCGGAUGUCUGGUCCUUCGGCAUCCUGCUGACUGAGCUGACCACCAAGGGCCGGGUGCCGUACCCAGGGAUGGUCAACAGGGAGGUGCUGGACCAGGUGGAGCGAGGCUACCGCAUGCCCUGCCCGCCCGAGUGCCCCGAGUCGCUGCACGACCUCAUGUGCCAGUGCUGGCGGAAGGACCCUGAGGAGCGGCCCACCUUUGAGUACUUGCAGGCCUUCCUGGAGGACUACUUCACCUCGACAGAGCCCCAGUACCAGCCUGGAGAGAACCUAUAGACCUGGAGCUCCUCCUGGCACCAGAGGCCUCACUGUGGGGCACAGAGGGCCGGCUCCAUGCAGAGGGGCCACGUUCUGGGGAGCAGCCCCAGAGCAGGAUGUGGCAUGGUGAGGUGCCGGCUGCCCCAUUGCUCGUUAAAACUGCUGGGCCACACUUAACGAGGUGGCGAGAGGAGCCCUGGGCACUGCCACCAGUGGAGCUGGGGCUCAGGAUGGUGAGCGGAGCAGCGGGAUGGCUCCUGGCACAGCCACGGCUUUCAGGACCCUCUUCUCACAGCAGCCAGAGAAAUUGGGGGAUAGCCUCUCCCACCUCAGACACACUGCCCCACACCUCCUGCACCCCCUUUUUAAAAUCAGCACAAAUUUCUUCACCCAUUCAACCACCCACUUCACUCUGAUCUGCCCAAGGCUGUUUGCAGAGACGUUUGGUGAUGGGGAAGGCACUGCUUUGAAUCGGAUGCAGCUGAAGUGCAGACCUUGGGAUGCCCCAGGGAGGCUGGCCAUCUCCCUUCCUCCAGCACCCACCUGUUCUUGGGCGCAGGACUCAGUGUUUUGGGAAAUUACUUGUCUUUUAGCACUG